AAAGACUAUAAUAUAAACUGUGCCUUUUGUGCGUUUGAGUUAGGAGUUAAGACUCACCAACGGCGCACGUUAGCAUCCUCAGCUCACCCAAAACACCGCGUGAGUUCACGCUCCCUGGAAUCUUCCUCUCUGCGUGUUCCGAUUCCUCUCUUUCUCUCCCUCCUCGUUCGUCCUUCGAUUUGGCGACGAGGUUCCCGUACCUUAUUCGUUGAUCCACCUUCGUUCGGAUCGCGUCUAGAUUCGAUCGAUUAUUGUCAUUAUGAUGAGAAAAGGCGAAGUUCAAUUACCUGCGCGGAAACUUCCAUCCCUGGUUGAUCUCUGUGUUCAGAAAAUAAUAGAUAAUAUAAGAUACCUUGGAAAUGUUGGUUGUGUCGAUCUACACCUGCUCGAGCGAAUUUUGCCACACUGCACGGUUGAUCAGUUGAUGCAUGUGGAGAAGGCAAGCGAAGGAGCUGAUUUGAGUCCGGUGACUGAUAAGUUAUGGAAAGGAUUCUUUGAAAAGCAGUACGGGUCAAAUUGCUCCAAGGAAGUAAUGAGGAGGAUGAGAGAAAAGAAAGUGUCAUUUAAAUGGAAGCAGUUGUACGAGGCAAAACAGAAAGAAAUAGCCGAGGCUGAGAAGGAAGUAUCUAAUCGAAUCAGGAAUCUGUACAAGAAAGAAGAUGCAAAAAAACAGAGUAGGCAAGUACAGCUGUGCACUAAAACUCCUCCUUCAAGUAAAAAAAGAUUCUGGGGAGAUGGACCAGGUUACAAUGUGUCAAAUUUGAAGAGCAACAUAAUGAAGAAAUCAAAGAUAGAAUUUCUAAAGAGUCAUGAGAUGAAAAAUCUUGCAGUGAUGAAGAAGAAUACUUUCCAGAGGACUAGUAGUUCAACAAGCAUUAUAAGGACUGGAAGUACUUCUGGAAUUGGUUCAACAUCAAAAGAUCCAAAUCCAUCAGAAGGAUGUUUUAGGAGCAAAUUAUGUGAGAGAUGGCAAUGCUAUGGAUCAUUAUUUGCUUUUAAACUGUAAUGUUAGUUUCAGCUAUCUUAACGCUAAGAAAAAUGGCUUACUUUUCUUUGUUGUAUUUAUUGCAUAAGUUGCAUCGAGGCAUGCAUGGUAGUUGAUGUAAUGUGUUUCUUACAUAAAUGAAAUUAGCAUCUUCAUACCGAAUGAGUUUAUGAUCUAGCUGCAAAACAAAUGGAAAAAAAUAUUUACUUAUGAAGGGAGAUGCAUAAGAAUAUCAUGGGCAGAAAGUUUGUGUAACCAAUUUGUAUCGUAUACAUUUAUUCAAUGAUGUACACUUUUUGUAUCCAGAUACAUUAUUGUACCAAAAAGUGAAAGUGACUGAUAAAAAGAAACGGAAGGAAGGACACAAUGGAUGUUACAUGAA